AAAAUUUCGGAACUAUUUUUCCUUUUCUUUCUCUGCGUCUCCUCUUCAUUCAAUCAUGGCUGAUGGUGCAGAGAACUCAACGGCAGCUGAAGAGAUUAGAUUUAGGAGACCCAGGAACCAGCCCAUGACAGCUUCAGAUCGAGACCCACAAAUCCCUUCUAUCAUUCAAUCUACUCGCAGUAAAUCCACCAUUUCUUCUUUGCUCUUGUCCACUUUCACUAAUAACACCAACAACUCAGACAUGAACAACAUCAGAAACAGCAACACCAGCAACAAUAACAAUGUUUCCGAUGUGUCGUCGACAUUACAGCAUAAAAAGAAGAACUUCACAUCCUCAACAUUUAGAGGGCUUGGGUGUGCGACGUCUUCACAGGUGUCAGCUCCGGAGGUUAUUCGGUCUUCGGCAGAUUGGCAAGCUAAGAAGGUGAGGAAGAAGAAGCAGCGGAACCCACACACGAAGAAGAACCAGCAGGGUUUGACGACGCACACCACGGUGACGAACCCCACGUCUGUUGCUGUUGUUCCUGAUGUUUGGUGCUCUCCGGGGAUAGCUUUCGUCGCCGAUGCUGACCCUGUUGAUUGCGUUGUAGCGAGAAGACCUGUGGCGGCAAGAGGGAGAAUCGACGGAGAAAGGAUGAAUCACAGAGAGCGUUCCUAUACCACGAGGAGAACUUCCAAUCUUGAACACUUCUCAGCAUUAGAUUCUCCAUCUGUCUUUGAGACACUACACUCAGGAUCUGAUGUAUUUGGAGAUAGAGAUAGGCAUUACCGUCAUUUCCGCCAUCGUUCUCCAGGAGGACUUGCAGAGAUUGUGAUGUUCCAAAGUGGCCUGCUGCUUGGAGGAAGAUCAGAUCAAUAUGACCAAUAUAGAGAUUGGCGGCUCGAUGUCGAUAAUAUGUCAUACGAGGAGUUGGUUGAGCUGGGUGAUAGAAUUGGUUAUGUAAGCAAUGGGUUGAGAGAAGAUGAGAUAUUCCGCUGCCUUAGGAAAAGUAAACACAUGAUUAUGGAUGAUUUGCCAUCAUCUCUUCCAACCGAAUUCGAAUGGAAAUGUAGCAUUUGUCAAGAGGAAUAUGAAGCAGAUGACGAGGUGGGGAAGUUGGAUUGUGGCCACAGCUAUCACAUAUGUUGCAUUAAGCAGUGGCUUCUGCGUAAGAAUGCUUGUCCUGUCUGCAAGACUGUUGCAAGAGUUCAACAGUAAAACAGUGGACUGGUUUCUCCUUUUGUUUCAGUAACCUCAAUGUUUUGGAUCAGCUUUUCGGUCUCAUCUAUUGCUUUGUGUAUAGAUUGAACUCCAAAAUGAGCAAGUGUUUAUUCUUUGGUGUGUAA